UUGUGAACUCACGGUGGCCCUCCUCUCCAUCAAUGCCGCUGCUUCAGUCAUGUCGGUUCAAUUUCUAGCCUCUUCUUCACUUGUUAUGGACUCUCACACCCACGUUUCUCACGCACAUAUCCUUUCUUCAGCACUAUAAAUAUUUCCUCCCCACUUUCUGAUCACCAUUCAUUAUUCUUCUGCGAACAACAUCCCACUUCUUUUUUCUCUUUCUUUCUAUUCCCCCACUUUACACUUUUUUCUCUAAACAUCAUCAUACUCAGAAAGAAACAAGCAAAUAAUGGCUGAAGUUACUAUGAGUGAAGUCUCAGCUCCAUUUCGUCGGGUUCUUCUUAUUUCCGCUGGUGCAAGUCACUCCGUUGCUCUUCUCUCUGGAAACAUCGUGUGCUCAUGGGGACGAGGGGAAGAUGGGCAGUUAGGCCAUGGUGAUGCUGAGGAUCGACUUUCACCUACACAAUUGAGUGCACUUGAUGAUCUUGAAAUAGUGUCUGUUACCUGUGGAGCUGAUCAUACAACUGCCUAUUCUGAGUCACGUAUGGAAGUUUAUAGUUGGGGAUGGGGUGACUUUGGAAGACUGGGCCAUGGGAAUUCUAGUGACUUGUUCACUCCCCAACCAAUCAAAGCAUUGCAUGGUUUGAGGAUAAAGCAAAUUGCUUGUGGGGACAGCCAUUGUUUAGCGGUGACCAUGGAGGGAGAGGUUCAGAGCUGGGGGCGGAAUCAAAAUGGUCAACUUGGUCUUGGAACCACUGAAGAUGCUCUCGUACCUCAAAAAAUUCAAGCCUUUCAGGGAGUUUCUAUCAAAAUGGUUGCAGCUGGUGCUGAACAUUCUGUGGCUGUUGCAGAAAAUGGAGACCUUUAUGGAUGGGGUUGGGGCCGUUAUGGAAACCUCGGCUUGGGUGACAGAAAUGAUCGCCUAAUUCCUGGAAAAAUUCCUACUCUUAAUUUUCAGGGAGAAAGGAUGGUUAUGGUUGCUUGUGGAUGGCGACACACGAUUUCUGUUUCUUCAUCUGGUGGGUUAUACACUUACGGAUGGAGCAAAUACGGUCAACUAGGCCAUGGGGACUUUAAGGAUCACCUUGUCCCACAUAAGCUGGAAGCAUUGGGUGAUAGCUUUAUAUCUCAGAUAUCAGGUGGUUGGAGACACACAAUGGCCGUUACAUCUGAUGGAAAACUUUAUGGCUGGGGUUGGAAUAAGUUUGGACAGGUCGGAGUUGCUGACAAUGCUGAUCAUUGCUCUCCUGUGCAAGUCAAGUUUCCUGAUGACCAGAAAGUAGUUCAGAUAUCGUGUGGGUGGAGACAUACACUUGCUGUCACUGAUCAGCAGAAUGUAUAUUCUUGGGGAAGAGGCACAAAUGGGCAGCUUGGUAAUGGACAAUCUUGUGAUCGGAAUAUUCCAAUUAUUAUUGAAGCGUUGAGCUUUGAUGGAUCAAGUGGGCAACAUAUAGAAUCCUCUAAUGUUGAUCCAUCAUCAGGUAAAUCCUGGGUCUCACCAUCAGAGAGAUAUGCAGUUGUACCUGAUGAUUCUGCAGGCAGAGGUCAGGGGAGCGAUAUAAGUGUCCCUGAGGCUGAAGUUAAACGAGUACGGAUUUGAUAUCCCUACCUGAAUAAUCUAUGCCUAACGCCUUUGGAGAUGUUAAAAUGGGUUAUGAGGAUCAGGCAAAUGCCAUUGCUGGCAUGUUUUCCUCAUGACAUCUAUAUGUAAAAUUGCAUCGCCACUGGAGAAGACUUUGAACUUUUUCUUUUUUUUUUUUUUUUGGUUGGUGUAUGAGAAGUGGUAAUGUACAUCAAAAUGUGUGUUUAAAUGGUAAUGUUUGUUAAAUGCUAUGCUAUAAAAUGAAACCUCUAUUAUAAUAA